AACGAAAAAUAGUUGUGUUUCUUUAAAUAAAACAAAAAUACCAACCACUUAUUAAUUUUUUGUUUAAUUAUUUAAUAAUUUCUUAAAUACAAAAGCUUGUUAAAUGAAAGUGUAAAGAAUCCUGGUUAAAUUAAGGGAAGAAAAAGCCAACAAAUAUUAUUAUUGGUUUUUUUUUCUUCGACAAUUGAAGGCUGUGCCGUCGUUGUCAUCAUACUACACUUGUCAACAUAAUUUUAUCGCUGCUGUUUAGUUAGUUGUUGUUGUUGCUGCUGUUGUAUUUGAUAUUGUACAAUUUUAGAGGUGUUUAUUGUUCUUGUAGUUGUUGUUGCAGUUGAAAUUCCAAAAAGAAAAGCGACAAUUCAUUAGUGUUGUGACGACAACAAUAUCCACAGGAAUUUUACACCGAAAAUUGUAGCGAAUUUUUGUAUGUAAAUAUGAGUAUAGAAUCUACAGCCUUGCCCUCCGAGCUACUGGUUGCGCCCCAGCCCCUAAUUGGUUUAUGUGGCCUGGAUGUGAAUCGUAAUUCGGUACACAAAUCAAUAUGGGAUGCAUUUAGCAAUAAUCGUAAAGCAGAUAGGGCUGCUGUACAAUUUAAACUACUUCCUAGUAAUUAUGACUUUCCUGUGGCCAAACCCAAAAGAAAUUCCUAUGAAUGGUAUCAUCCUAAAGGCAUUUUAAAACGUAAUUGGAUGUUGAAACAUUUACAUGUUUUGCCGGCUGUGGUGGUUUUAUUUCAAGACAUGGAAUGGAACGAUGGCAAUUGGACAGAAAAACAAAUGCAAUGUGCCGCUACUAUACAAUCUCUUAAGAAUUCUCUGCAAGAACGUAACACUCGCAUUUGUUUGGUUUUACUACAAAAAGCUGCACCACUACCGCCCGGUGAAGAUAUGCUAGCCUCGGAAAGAGCUGCUAGUCUCACCUCUGCCUGUGGCCUAAAUAGUAAAAUGUUAUUUGUUUUACCUCAUACGGAGCAUUUAAUGGGUUAUGCACUCCGUUUGGAAUCCGCUUUUUUGGAUAUGGCUCAAUUGUAUUAUACCCAGAUGGCAAAACGUAUACGCACCCAUAGAGACCAACUUACAGCUGCUCAUACCACUUUAAAGAUAAGGCAUCAGUUUAAAUUGGGUUUUGUAGCCGAAAUGCGUCAAGAUUUUAGCACAGCUUUAAAACAUUAUACCCAAUCGUAUACAACUUUAGAUGAAAUUCGUAUUAAUGAUACAAAUUGUUUGGAAAUUAAAACUGUGGCCGGCUUCUUGAACUAUAAAAUAUGCCGUUUAAUGUUUAAGUUGAAAGUUCCAAGGGAUUCGAUUAAUCAUUUUAUAAGCCACAUUGAAAAGUAUAAAAACCGGGUGGGCUAUAAGGAUUUGGUGUUUGAACACUAUGCCUGGCUGAGUAAGCAACAUAGCGUUUUUGCUGAACUAUUUUGUGAAGCCAUCAAAAAUGGACUGCCUGCCCUACAAACCCAACAUCCUGGUAUUUAUUUUCAUAAAGCUGCGGAAUAUAUACAAAAACGUAAAGAAGCAUUUAUGCAGUGUAAUAUAGCCUCAAGUCCAACAGAACCGCAAAAUAACUUUAAUAGCCAAUUGAAUAACAUCUCCUCUCUGUUCACCGAAUAUUUUGGCAUUAUAUCCUCAACAUCGGGUGAACCUAUAAAUGAGCAGCAAAUUAGUUUUAUGAUAAGGGAAAAUGAAAAAUUAUUUAAUCAUUCGGCCGCUAUUAUCAAUUUACUUAGUUUGGCCAUGGCUCAAUUUAAAAUCUAUAAGUGCUUAAGAUUUCGCAAAAAAUUAGCCAUUGAUAUGGCUGAUGAAUACUUUAAAAGUGGUGAUCAUGGCAAAGCUUUAACUUUAUAUUCUCUGAUGUUACCUGAUUAUCGUCACGAUAAAUGGCCUUCUUUGUUUUCGGAUGUUUUAUUAAAAACUAUGCGUUGUGCUUUAUUGUCGGCUUCAAUUUGUGAUUUUAUGUCGUGCAGUCUUGAAGCUUUAUCGUUUAAGAUUGAUUACACGCCGAAUGAAAGAGUUAUGGUUUUGGAGAAUUUGUGGAAAGUUUUGCAGUGUCAACCGCCAGUGCCCCAAAAUCAAAAUGCUCCUGAAGUUCGUUCACAUUGGGAGGAGGCAUUAGCCAGUAUCAAAUCUCCUCUACAAAUUGAUCUAGAUAAACUAACAGAGCUGAUAGAAUUUUGUACGACUUUUGAAAAGUUCGAAUUGAAAAAUGAUGAUAUUAUUAAACUAAAUCUAGUUAUGAGACUACAAACAGAUGUUCCCCUAAAAAUACGCAAUUUACAAAUCAUUAUCACCGAUGGCUCCAACAACUACAAACUGCAAGCCUCGCAAUAUAGCAAACUUAACGAUCUGUUGGCGUUGAGGGAACACUUCAAUGAUGACUCGAAUGCCUCACAGAUACCGCUGCAACAAUUUGAGCAGAAUUUCAAAUUGGAACCCACAUUCUACUAUCGGUUUCUUUUCACCACCGAGGCCCAACAAUUCUUAGAAAAUACUCAAUUACGUGUGGUGCGCAUAGAGGCAUUAAUUGGCACCGAGAAACUUUCGGUGCUGCUGUGUAAAAGUUCACCCUUUAUGAAUAAGGCCUUUCGUUAUCACAGUCGUGUUCGUGAUUUAGAUGACAAUAUCAUAAUUAAUCCAAUUUGUUAUAUUACUCCCACAUUCCAUUUAGUCACGCAAUGUAAUUUAGGCAGUGAAACGAUGCUUGUUAAUGAAUUUUAUCCCGUUACAACGACUAUUAAUAAUCCCUAUAAUGUUUUUCUAACUGGUAUUGCCUUGAAUAUAAGUGUACCUAAUAAUUUGAAAAAUAAAGUAUUCCUUACCACAGAUAUAUCUCCAAAUAAGCAAAAACUCCACUCUAGUAUACAGAUCGACAUUGGAGAAUUAUCCAUGCAAAGUUCAAACACCGCCUCAUUUUACGUAUUCAGCCUAAUCGAGACAGCGAUAACGUUGCAACAAAAAAUCUGCUAUACAACCGAUGUGCUGAAACCGAAAGUAACCACAGCAAUAGUGAUAAAUGAUACAACAACACCCAACAGUACGGAUGAAUCUCCGGAAGCGGCAUUAGCAGCCAAAAAUAUAACAUCCAAUCAAGCAAUUCUAACACCGCUGCCCAUAAUAACACCAAUACAUCUCGAAUUUUUGGAUGAAAAUAGUUUGCGUAAAACUCAAGACACCGUGCUAAGUGUAAGAUGUGAGGCGGAAUUUAAAUUUAAAGGACAGUUUUAUACGCUUAAUAGAAUGCCUCUAACGAAAAUCUAUCGGGGAGAGAAUUUCCUAUUUCGUGGCGGUAUAGUAGUAGAGACCGAUGUGGAAGUGGAUAUAUUGGAGACCUAUUUUAUAUGUGAUCAUAAUCUAGUGCAAUCAACUUAUAGUUUUAAACGUAAAAAAUUCACCAACUCUUACCAGCGUGGAGAAAAACUGGAAGAUGUUAUAGUUUUACGCACGAAUAACACCAGCGAAGAAUGGAUUACGUCUAAAGAUUACGAGCGCACUAAGAACGAGCAACAACCCAACAUUUUCAAUCGCCUGCGAACAUCUAGAAGACAUUUAAUGAAACCAACUGAUGUGACGACCCUGAAUGCCUUGUCGUCUAAUCACAUGAAUAAAAGUCUAAUGGGUAAAUUACCAACGAAUAUGACAAUAAUAAAUAAUACUGCCUCUUCGAAUGCUCUCAUGGUGUCUAGCCAAAAUUCCAAUAUGAGCUCAUCCACUAUAUCCGAUGAUGGUAAAAUGGCCAAUGUUUUAGCAGCCAAUAAUAAUAACUAUAGUAAUACUACGGAUGAAAAUGUGGCGCUGGCGCCCAAACAACAUUUACACACUCGUCUAAUAUACAACAAAACAUUGGAUGCUAUACAGGCCACGGGCCACUUAAGAGGCUUCCUUAAGGCUUCACUGCUAAUGGAUACAACAAAUCAAAAUCUGCAGCCAUCAUCAUCGCCUUUGCCUAGUAAUCAAAUUGUUUUUGGUUUCUAUUGUAUAAAAUGGCGUCGUUCGGGGUGCAAGGAGGAAAAUGAAUCUAAAUUUAUAAUAAGCGGUUUGCCAAUUGUUGAGCCACCCUUAAAUAUCUACUGUUCGAUCGAGGAGAAAAUGUUUGUUAAAAUGCCAAUGACAUUUAAAGUGGUUUUAAAAAAUCCUACGCCAAAAGUGGUUCAUCUAAUAGCUAUGCUGAGUAUUAGCAAUACGGAUAAUUUUAUAUGUUCGGGUCAUAAACAGCUCGAUAUAUCCAUAUUUGCUUUUGGUGAAAAGGAGCUGGUCUACAAUUUGUAUCCACUGUAUGUGGGUUGGCAAAGUUUACCUGAAUUAACACUGUCUUACAAUACCCAGGCGGAUCCCUCGAAAGAUGAAACACAAAAUAAUCUGCUGGGAGAACUAGUACAGCGUUCAAUACCCAAAAAAGUAUUUGUUUUGCCACCAUUAAAGCAACAAAUUAAAUGAAAUGUUUUACAACUUAAAACAACCACAAAGAAAUCAUCCUGGAAGCUAUAUUAAAACUAAAUUAGCAGCAAUAUUUGACUUUGUUUUUUAAGGUUUUGUUCAUAUAUAAACACAAAUUGUGUAAAUUUAAAGAUGAAAAUUGUUUUUUAUUAUUAAUAACUUAAUAAGAUAAUAAUUAUCUUGAACAAAAACAAAAAUAUUUAGCAAGUUUUUACUUCUAAAUUAAUUUUAGUCUUUAGCUAUUAAAUUGAUUAAUUGAAUUAUAUAACUUGUAUUGUAUAUAUAAUUCAUAAUUAGAGGCAUGUGUUAAUUUAGAGCAGUUUUUCCGAAAAUUUACUUAAACAAUUUUGAUUAACAUUUGAAUUUGUUUUCUAAUUUAUCUUAAUAUGUUUGUAGCUAAAAAUUAUUUACUAAUUAAAAAAAUUUGUUCGGAUUUUAUUUAAAAGUUUAAAGCAACU